AUGAGGCAGAAAAAGUGGGAAGUGAUUUGUCCAUUGUUCUUGGUUGUUUGUCUGACAUUUACUCUUCUACAAAUGAAGUGCUUCUCCGGUCCAUCAUCUACAUGUUCAAAGAAGAUAAAGCGUCACUUCCGCCUUCCUCCCAUUGAAAGGUUUCACAUGUCCUCUGUAGAAAUACUUGAGUGGGAUUACCAGCCAGAAGAUGAAGUUGAAGCAAGACUGGCCAGGAAUGUUGUGAAGUAUGUCUUGAUGGUUCCCCACAAAUUACAACCAUGGUUGAAAUCUCUUGGUGUGGCUGGCCUGUCCUUGCAAGACAAACAAGAAUUACAGAAGCUAUUACAGUUCCUUGAUGCAAGUCCAAACUUUGAUGGGGCAAUGGGGGUUUUGACCCAGGUAAGAGUGAAAGGAUUCAACAGUGCCAAGACUCUUCUUGAAGAAAGUAGCUGCACAUUUCUGGUUAAAAACUGGACAAUGAGUAUUCGCAAUUUUGGACCAAUUCACCCCCAUGAACCCAGUCACCGUGAAGAUGACAGCAGCAAAGCUACUAAUUGGUUUCAAGAGUGUAAUAUUGCUGAAACAGCAUUUGUUCUUCGCAAAAGUACCUUUCAGUCCCUGAGGUGGCGUGCUGAAUGUGGUAGCAUGAGUCAUCUUGACUUCUUUAAAAGGUCAGAAGGACUCCUGAAAAUAGGUAAACUAUCAAACUGCUUUUUCUCGCCUGCCAUAACAUACUUUGAUCACCAAAUCCUUCAGAGCACUGGGUAUUAUCUCGAUUAUUCCACACUUGGCCAAAUACACAGCAUCUUACGCAUAGUACGUCCAGAUAAAAUCGAAUGGACCAAGUGCACAGAUGACAAGCAGUUCUGCCCUGAGAAACCUUUGACCUCUCGCCCAAACACUCUUGCUGCAGCUGAUGGCUAUCCAAUCUGUUGUGAUGUGCUCAUGGAUGAGAUCUUGUCCACCCUCGUGGAUGCCAUGAAUAAAGUUGGAAUUGAGUAUCGUGUCGUUUAUGGGACACUCCUUGGUGCUGUGAGAAGCCAGUCAAUGGUUCCCUAUUCAGAUGAUGUAGACCUUGCAAUCCACAAAGCUGACAAUGACCAGUAUGAAAAGUUCCAGUUUGUGCAAAGGAUUCUGGGUUCCAGGUACUUUGUGGCAUGGAAAGCGAACCCCCCAGUCACCAGGGUUUUUGCACAUUAUGCUCCAACAGUGGCCGUAAAUACUCAACAUUUCUUCAAAGGGGCUGAUAGCUUUGAGAGCGAUGCUUUAUUCAGUAGCAAGAUCCUCAAAGAGAUGGAGAAACUUCUUCCAGUAAAGAAUGUUGCAGUAGAGCAGCGCUAUGUUGAUGUUUACCCCUCUCCUGAGGAAUGGUUCGAAAAUUUCACUGAAGUUACAAUAAACAAUCGACGCUAUCAUACUGUAGGUAAUGCAGAUAAGAUGCUAAAAAUGUGGUAUGGAGAUUACAUGAAAAUUAGACCUGAAGUACACUCGCAAAAUACAUUAGCAACAUAG